ACCUCGUAAGAAAAAAGCCAUAAGCGACCCUUGAGCUCACAGAAGUCAAUCUAUACGAUAUGGGAUUGUUCACUCGCCAGCCGGUGUCGUCGGAGGUGGAUCAACUAUCAGCUGAGCUAACAGACGCUCCGGCACCUGUCGAAUCAACGCCUUCACCUGCCCAGGAGCUCUCAUCUGCAUACCAAUCAUACCUGGACUCCCAAGAGAAAGACAAGACUUCCGAGCCCACACUCGGCCCACAGGGUGAGCCAUGCGACUGGCGAAGACAUUUCGACGACGCAUUCAUGUGCUACACCGUUACUUCCCAAUGGAAACACUACUACCGUUACGGCGAGCAGAAGGACUGUAACGCAAAGUGGGAUGAGUUCAUGUGGUGUUCGAAAACGAGGAUGUACAGUAAGGAAGAGCAGAUCCAGAUGAAUGACGAAAGACGGAGGGAGAGAUUGGCAAAGUUGCGAGCAGCGAGGAACUCGGAGGAGGUAUGGCCAUUACGGAGGGUACCUCUGGCGGAUCCAUGGAAUUAUGAGGCGGAACCAAAAGCAGACACCGAUCUUAACGCUUGA